AUGAGGGAGAUGCUGGCUGCUGCUGUCUCUUGGAUGCUGUCUGGCAUCACCCAGAAGCCCACCAGCAGAGUGCUUGUGGCAUCCCACAACUACUCACAUGAUGCUACAUUUGAAAUUAAGAAAUUUGAUUUUUAUCAUGUGGAAGAGGGUGCCCCUGUCACCCCAGUGCUCACCCGGGAAAAUGGACUGAAAUACUACAGGUCAGUGCAGACUCCUCACCUAGUGGAAAUGAAGGCAGAUUCGUUGUAUAAACAGAAAUUCAUUCAUGGUUUCUGUCACUUGUGUGUUGGACAGGAAGCGUGUGUGGGUCUUGAGGCUGGGAUAAAUCUCACUGAUCAGGUCGUUACCUCCUAUUGGGCCCAUGGCUUGUGCUAUUCUCGUGGACUUUCUGUCCGUUCAAUCCUUGCAGAGCUGACAGGGCAGAGAGGUGGUCAUGCUAAAGGAAAAUGAGGGUCAGUGCAUAUAUAUGGCAAGAACUUCUGUGGGGGCAGUGGCAUUGUUGGUGCUCAGGGACGCCUGGGAACUGGUUUUGCUCGGGCCUGUAAGCAUAAGGGAAGCAGUGAGGUGUGUUUGACUCUGUAUGGGGACGGCACUGCUAAUCGGGGUCAGAUAUCUGAAGCUUACAAUAUGACAGCUUUAUGGAAUUUACCUUGUAUUUUCAUCUAUGAGAAUAACUGCUAUGGAAUGGGAAGAUUUGUGAGAGCAGCAGCCAGCACUGAUUACUAGAGGAGAGACAAUUUCCUCCCUGGUCUAAGGGUAGAUGGAAUAGAUUUUCUGUGUGUGGAGGUAGCUAAGUUUGCAGCUGACUAUUGUAGAUCUAGAAAGGGGCCCAUACUGAUGGAGCUGCAGAGAUAUUGUUACCAUGGUCACAGCAUGAGUGAUCCUGGAAUCAGUUAUCGUACACAGGAAGAAAUUUAUAACAUAAAAAGUAAGAGUCAUCCUAUUAUGUUUCUCAAAGAAAUAAUUGUAAACAAGCUAGCCAGUAUUGAAGAACUGAAGGAAAUUGGUGGUGAAAUGAGGAAAGAAGUUGAUGGCACCCCAGAUUCUGAACCACCUUUGGAAGAAUUACGCUAUCACAUCCACAGCAAUAGUACAUCUUUGGAAAUUUGUGGUGCAAAUCAGUGGAUCACUUUUAAGUCAGUCAGUUAA